AUGAGCUUGGCCGGUCCGUCCUUCCAAGACCCGGCUCGAAGCCGUGCAACACCCGUCCCACCACCCGGCCAGUAUUCACAGGACUGCCGGGUGCAGGAUCGAUGUGCGCCAACCGCAGACACGACGUUCCGUCCUGUGCACAAGCCUCGCUUCCUGCUAUCGAUUCGAUGGCAUGAUCAGAUGGCAAGUGUACGCAUCGUUGAACUCGGCCCUCGAGAUGGCCUGCAAAACGUCAAGCCUUCCAUACCGUCAAGCACCAAGUUGGCCCUUAUUGAAAGGCUCCACGAUGCAGGUCUGCAGCGAAUCGAAGUCACUUCAGUGGUGAGCCCUCGAGCAGUUCCCCAACUCGCCGAUUGCGAGACCAUACUGGCCAAUGCAAACGUUCAGAAGCUCCUGUCGAAUCCGCACCUUCGCACGCCCAUUCUGAUCCCUAAUCUCAAGGGGUUGGAUGUGGCGCUGCGUCACAGUGUCAAAGAGGUUGCUGUCUUUGUCAGCGCCUCAGAAGGCUUCAGUAGAGCCAAUAUCAGAUGCAGCGUGCAAGAAGGGUUGGAUCGCGCUCGAGCUGUUACAGAGAAGGCUCGCACCAAUGGACUCGAAGUUCGUGGAUACAUCUCAUGCGUAUUCGCCUGCCCAUUCGAUGGCCCAACGCCUCACACUGCAGUACUGAACUGUGUGCACCAGCUGCUCGACAUGGGCUGCUACGAGAUCAGCUUGGGCGACACGAUCGGCGUCGGAGUGCCAACGGAAACGAAAGCCCUGACACACUCUCUGAUCGAUGCUGGCAUCCCCAUCGAGAAGCUGGCAGGUCACUUUCACGAUACAUAUGGGCAAGCCAUAGCGAACAUGUGGGCUGCCUACCACUGUGGAAUGCGCGUCUUCGACAGCAGCGUUGGCGGGCUGGGAGGUUGCCCAUAUGCUCCCGGCGCCAAAGGCAAUCUAGCAACGGAGGAUCUCGUGUACACUCUGGAGCGGGCAGGCAUCUCGACCGGUGUCGACCUUUCAAAGCUGGUUGACACUGGCGUGUGGAUCACCGAGCAACUCGGCAUACCGAAUUCCAGUCGAGCGGGAGCGGCCCUUUAUAGCAAAGCGCAGACUGCUGAGCAACGUGCUGGCGCAACAGUAAUAACUGCUAAACCCCCUCUGCCCUGGACACUACAGCCUGAUUCUGGAGAUCUCGAGCUGUACAGGCAAGGUCCGAACUUGAAGUUGGUUCUGAAAAGACCGCGUAAUGGCAAUGCUUUGAAUGCGUCGAUGAUCUCACGUCUCACGCAAGUGUUCGAGGAUGCGGCUGCCGACCGCUCCAUCACUCGCAUCGUCAUCACGGCGAAUGGUAAAUACUUCUGCACUGGAAUGGACCUGAGUCGUGACAACUCGCCAGUAGCACAAGAGGGCACUUCUGCCUCGGACGCACAGUAUGAUCGAUUAAUGCGUCUCUUCGAAGCUAUCGACAACGCACCACAAGUCACGAUUGCCUGCAUCCAGGGCCCUGCGUUUGGCGGCGGUGUAGGACUUGCUUUGGUUUGCGAUAUCCGCUUGAUGGCCGCGAAUGCUAGUCUCAGACUCAGCGAAGUCCGACUCGGUCUGGCUCCUGCUACUAUUUCCAAAUAUGUCGUCCGGGAGUUGGGAAUCUCUUUCUCUCGCGAGAUGAUGCUUUCCGCACGUCCAGUCUCUGCGCAGGAGCUCUUACAACUUGGCGUGAUCGCAGAAAUCAUACCAGCGAACGAGCAGCCUAGCUCGGCAAUCGACAAGUACCUGGGUCAAUUGCAAGCGUGUGCACCAAGAGCUUCGACUUUGAGCAAAGAGCUUGUGAGAUUGGGUUGGAAGCAUGCAGGAGACGAGGUGCAUGUCAGAGGGGUGAAGAAUAUUUUCACUGAAAUGAUGGGCCACAAGAGUGAGUCGGCUCAUGGGCUGGCACAGUUUCAGAAGGGCAUGAAAGAUGUCGACUGGGAUGCGUAUACGUUGUCGAAGGCGAAGGCGAAGGCGAAGCCACGAUUGUAG